UGUUCCCUCCGAGCCGGGCCGAGUUCCAUGGCGGUACCGUCGUCGGGGCCGAGCGGCCUGCUGCUGCUGCUGCUGCCACUGGUGCUGCUGGCGGCGGCACCCUCGCGGGCGCAGUCCGCCGACCCGGAGUGGCUGCAGCGGCGCGUGCUCGAGCGGCGCCAGGUGGAGCAGCUUCCCCCGGCCGCCAUGCCCGAGCCCUCGUGCGCCCAGCUCAGGCUCAUGUGGCGCCAGAUGCACCGCAUGGCUCGCCACAGUCAGCUCACCAACGAGAUACCGCAGUUCCCGGCCGCCUACCCGUUCGGUUACGUGUCGCCCGACGACAAGGCCCUCAUGUUCUGGACGCCCGCGUCGUUCGGCAAAGUCGUGCGGCAACCGGGCCAGAAGCCCGCGAGCGUCGUCAAGCCCGGCCGGACACCCAUGGCGGGCCGCUUCGCCCAAUCGCCCCUGCCCCACUCGGCGCUCGGUUCGUCGUACGGCACCGUGGUGCGCAGCCCCGGCGAGAAAGCGGCGCUGCGGCGCCAGAUGGCCGCCACCGCCGGCUCCUGGGGACAGUUCACGCCUGCCGACCGCGGCUCGGACGUUGGCGUCGUUUCCAAGACCAGGGUCCUCUACCGCAGCGAACAGGAGCGUUGCGGUCGCAGCGUGAUGGGCCGCACCUGCCACUCGCACGACGACUGCUUCUGCCCGGGACUGAAGUUCUUCUGCUCGGCCGGAAGGUGUCGCUCGCCGGCCUCCAGGAAAGCCUUCAAGGACCAGUGGGGCACAUGGUACAGCGGCCCCUUGGAGUUUUCCAGACUGGGCAUGACGGGCAAUGCAAGGACAGGACUUGGACUGGCGACCUCCAAUGACGUCUGAACACAGAGCUACUAAUCGAGGAGCUGCAGCCACCGCCGCCAUUUUUCUUCUGCGAGCUACUUCCUCGCUGAUCUUACAGAUAGAAAGAGAGGGAGAGACCGCCAUCUUUGCACCCCCUCCCGAACAACCCCAAGUAUUCUUUUUCGAAGGACUGACUGCUCAAGGGUGCUCCCUUGCCCAUACAGGGCCAUUCGCGCUUACUGAGCUCUGCUGCAAGACAGGGCUUUCUCGCCUGCGGGUCCUGGUUGAAACGAAGACACUAUUCUCGCUAUGUUCAAGGACGGCCAGUAUAGAAUUGCGUCGCCUUUCCCACGACAGUUUGCUUGGCUUCAUUCACUGCAUGGCUGGCUCGCACAGAAAGCAAGAGCUUUGCCGGGUGGGUUCUACAGAGCACUUUAACUUCAAGUGAUGGGCUAUUAUGAAACGAAAUGUAUUAGCAAGAUGUUUCCUCAUUGUCGAAAAGAAUGCACAACUCUUGCACUUGUUCACAUCUGGAUGGCUAGGUACACAAGUUGAGUUAGCCGGAGAGCCAGAUGAAGAUGUUGAAAGCAGCACAAGACAGUUUUGCUAUUUGCAAAUUGGUAGUGUCAGUGUGCAAUGUACAAUGCCAUAUCAAAUGUGAAGAUAGGAGACGCAUAUCAGCGUCACGGAGCUACAGCAAAAAAUUGUCUGUAGGAGAAGUGUUAGUGUCUAUAGAUACUCAGUGGUGAUCCGAACAUAUGCUUUCUGUGCUGCACUCGAGCUGCGCCGACUUUGUUUCCACGCAAAACUUGGAGCCAAAUUACUUCUUGGAGCCAAAUUCUUCCCAAAGUGAUCUCGCUUUUCAGCAUUUUUCUCCAGACGGGCGUCUCUACUCUUCUUCGGGUAUUCUGUGGCUGAGCGAGUACUACAACUAUACCUCAGCCAAUGAGUCAUGAGCUAGCCCACAGGGCCAAAGAAUAAAAGCAGUUUGUAAUGUAUUUUGCAGGCAUUCCCAAGUCACAAACAGCAGCUUACCGUAGAAAAACACCCAUGCAAUUUGCCAGUGUUUGCUUAUGGGCUUAAAACAUGGAGACAAGGAAGCUGGAGCAAGAUGAGGACAGCAAAAGGUGCAUUGCAAGGGAAAUGUAGAGGAAGCCAAUGUAAAUGCACGGUGCUCUAGCUAAAAUGAAGAAAUGGCAUCGGGCAAGCCACGUGUUGCAUAGAGUGUAAAGCUGAGCGUGCAUAGAAAUUAAAACUGGUACUAAUGGGAGGUACAGGGACAAUAGAAUGACUGGUGAGAUGAAGCACUGCAAAUUACCAAGCCACAAAAGUUCCUGGAUGCAUUUGAGCAGUAGCAGAGCCAGCACAUACUUAUUAUGGCCUACCCUGCCAGUCAUUUUCUUUCGAUUGCGGGCACUCUAAUGGGAAUAAAAUAAUUCGGGGCGCGACGUUUUGGCAUUAAAACAAUCCAACACCAAACCACUCCAAAAUGGUAACAAGCGCUCACGCCUCCUAGUGGUGCAAUAUUGAGUCACAGGAGUCAUUGGGACACAAAUAAUUUCUUGCAGAUAUGCAAGCUAAAAUGUUGUAUGACGUAAGUGCGUUCUUGAUAUAAUGGCUCUUUGAAGUACAACUCGACUGGCAUGGCACCAAGCCAGGUCAAAUUGGCAGUGCUUGUCGCCACACUUAGACACAGCAUUGAGGAGCCCUGCUACCGCCACAGUAACAUAGACAGGGGCAUAUCCAACCUUAAUGUGCUGCGUUUUCUCGCUCUUCAACAUCCAUGUUACGCAUGCACUGUGACACUGCUCUGCCUUCUGUGGUAGAACGAGUUGGACCUUUAGCAGGAAAAGUGCAUAGCAACUGCAGAAGCCGUACGUGCCAGAUGAGCCCACUCUGGACACACAGGCAAUAUUUCAGCAUAUUUGCACCAAGAUAAAGGAUUACAGAUUUAGGAUAGCUAAUAGAUACAUACACCAUAUCACAAAAAAGCAAGGGCAGUCAGCCAUCAACAGUAGCAGCCUCUUAUGAAGCUGUGGUCAACUAUUACACUCUAGAAAUUUUUCAGUGUUUGACAACUUGCCUUACAAAAAGAGAAGAUGUAAAAUUACUACUGUGAUCAUUGUGUCAAUGCCGACUUAUAUGUCAGUAGAUAAAUGGAGUACUUAGGGCAAUUAUGUGCUGUUCUGUUAAAAAGUGUGUGAAAAGAUGGCACCACUUCCACUGGUGCUUUUUCACCACGUCAUGCUUGUAGGCCACCGCUUUGCUAAAACCUGCUAACGGCGAUUCGUGAGCCAUGAUGUAAGUUUCGGUACACAAUCUGACAGCAACUAGGAGGGAAAUUCAUCAGCAAGUUUACCCAGCACGAGACUAGAAAUAAAGAAGCGACAAAGAAGACAACGCACGUACGAAGCAUCAGCUGAUAGAAGGUAACAUACUCAAAAGUUAAAUGGAUCAACAAAAUUUUGCUUAGAAGUACCAUAACAAUGGUUGAAAAAUCUGUACGUGAAGCAGACUUUUGCCUUCCCCAUUUUUCUUAAAUUGGUUAGGUGACAUGACAUAGGGUUUCUUAUGUCUCCAGCAUUAUUUGUAUGCUGAAGAUGGUACUGGUUCAACUGGAAUGGAAUUUGACUCCCAGAGGGUGGUGUUCUGCGGCUGCUUAAUUAGUGCUCAGUAUGCUCAGUGUCGAGCACAGGCUUUUAUUUUCAGUCAUGCUGGCAUGGCAUAAAUUUCAGCGAACUUGUUUGAGUACAGCCCAGACAGGUCUUGAGUCAAUGGUGCCACGGAUGAUGAAUGAUUUGUACCAGGACCUUGAUAAAAAGAACGUUUAGUACAGCAGAACCUCGGCAUAACGAAGUCCCAAUCAACACGAACAUACUUGUUAUAAGCUUCGUUUGUUUGUUUUUGAGCAUACAUGCUGAUGUUGGAAAAAUUAGCAAAGUUUAGAUUUACUUUGUUAUAUCCAAUAAUUUGUUAUACGCAUGUUGGCUAUAUUGAGGUUUGAUUGUACACCAGGGUGGUUACAAGAGAAACUUACAGGCACAGAAGGCACCAAAGAGAAAAAGAAGGCCACACUUUUAAGUGUUCGUGCAGAGUUUGAGUAAAACUCCGGCUUUUCAAAACAGGUGACCAAGAGAAUAAACAUUCUCAAUUGCCUGGCGAAUUGCUUAUUCUGGCUUAAAGGUAGUCACCACAAUCAAUUACAUAAUUUGUGAUAUGCACUUUUCAUUGGAAAACUUGUGAAAACAAUGAAAGCUGUCAAGCUAGUCUCUCGACGGUAAGAGUGGAUGCUUUCUGUGGGCCGCCACUGUUUCGAUGCUCAUGGUAAUAGAAUGGCACCUGUGGUUCAGGACAUCACCUGCACUCCAGAGGCAACUUCUUUUUUUCUCUUUAUUUCCCUGCAGUCGACCGAUAAUCAGCUCUUUGUGCAGUGCCCAGUAUGGACAAGAAGCCAUUGCAUAGAAACAGGGCUGCCAACAAGACAAUUGGGCAUGUGCAACAAUGCUGAGCCUAUGCAGGUAGUUGUCAUAUCGCUCGUGUGGAAGCAAUGCAUUAUUGUUCGUCCAAAUAGACCUUCACAGCCAUUGAGGUGCACUAGUUUCAAUUGAAGGUGUGUUGAUCCAUCUUUGUUUUCUUGCACUAGCCUGACCCACUUGCUUUAAUUCAUUGGCUCGCUCUUCCCUCACUUUCCCCUUUGAGAACUCUGCCGAUUGCUGGUGAUGGGUAGUGCACAUGGACCAGACAACCUGUAGCGAGUUUUUCAAAAAGAAAGAAUGUGACCGGUGCACUCUGGCCGCAGAGAAAUCUUGACUUGGCAUGUUUCUGAGGAAAAGAAGAAAAUCCUUGGAACCUACACAAUUAGUGUCCCUAGUUCUCUGUAGCCAGUGAUCAAUUGUGGUAUGCAUCCAUGUUAGCCAUACAGCUUGGCAUAACGCGAACCCAUGCCCACCACAAGGAAGAAAGCAAAGGGAUACAAUUUGCAAAGCUCGUUGAUGCUGUAAACUUUUUAGAACAAUGCCAACAAAAAAGAGGAGCAAGAACGACAGCCUGUCUUGUUAUAAAUACUUGUAUGUACUCCUAGCUUCUGAAGAAGUGACUGAUCAAAGUACUCUAUACCUUCAUGGCGCACCGCUGUUAAAAGGUGUAUCAGUGUCUUCUAGCUUGCUGGGGCAUGUUCAGCAAGCAGCAAACCGAGGUUGCACCGAAAAUAUGCAUUGCUUUGGAAGCCCAGUGAAGAACGAAAGCCACAUACAGUUACUAAUGUUGUUCGCUAUGCUGUCAUUGCCAGAAGUGGUGCCAAACUUUCUUGCUUCGAUUUUCACGUCAACAGCUAGAAAAGGCAGCUACCAACAAAACCUGUAAAGUCUUCUUGCAACAAGAAAUUUUGAAUGUCUGCAUUUAGCAAUCUGUGAAUUAGGGAUGCAAGGUUCCCUACAGUGAAACAAAACGCAGAGUCAUCUGAUGGCUCUAAUUUGCAACACUGAGGAUGCAGGCACCUGUAGCAGUCUUUUCCUCGGAUGCCCUGCUUGCGCAGAAAAUAUGAGAUGAAUAAACAAAGGAACAGACCCUUUGCUGAAUAUAAAUACGGCUCAUUUUGAAUGUUAAAUGCUAUCUUUGACCAUCCUUGCUCUUACAUUUUUGUGUGAUCCUUAUGAGAACAACAUGAAAAACAUAAACUUGUGCCGAUACCUACAGAAGAUGCCGAAUGUGUUCACAUUUUUUGCAUGUAUAGCGUCGAAGCCUCUUCGUGUUCGUGUAUCUUUAGAAAGACAGAUAAAUGGGGCUUUGCUCGUUUUCUGAUCAAUUUUUUUUGAUGCAGCAUCCACUGGUGCGUGGAGCACUAUCAGUGGUUCCAAUGAAGUUCUGCUACUCUGUCGCACGGCAAAUGUAACUGGUUGUGACAGAACCAAACAUUCUGCACAGCAUCUACUCACUGAUGUCUAGCGAACACACUAACACAAUCGAACCUUGUUGUAGUGAAGUCAUAUCCGAUAUGAAUAUACCUUCGUUAUAUUGAAUAUCUGUUAUAAUGUUAUAUUCGUCACAUGCUAUCACAAAGAUUUUGGAUUUACUUCGUCAUAUUCAAUAAUUUGUGACGUCCAUGUUUGUUAUAUCAAGGUUGAAUGGCUUCAUCUUGUCCUAGUGCAUCGCAGAGGAUGGCACGUCUGUGGAAGGCCAGAUAAAGUAUUAUGCUUAGCUUGAUUGUACCAUGAUUUCCUGCCACCUGCUCAUAAACAGUAUCUUAAAGGACACCAGUAACACAUCAGACACGCACAAAAGAGCGAAAUUUGUGCCGGGCGAGGAGCGACAGCAACAGGACAUAUACCAAAGGAAAAUGCCAUAAACCCGUCCUUGCAUCUGUAGCACUUAGUACUAUUAGACUCCCAAGCAGACGUUCACCAGAUGUCGGUACUAAAAUGAGCGAGCUACAAGCAAGGUCGUGUGACAGAGAAGCAUGUAAAAACCAUAGCCGCAGCCACGAUAGCAAGUUGCUAUUACAUCCCAGAUGUUGCUGUACAGAAGAAAAUAAAAGUCAAUGCUCUUCCGCAAGUGUAUAGAUGCAUGUAGAGACAGCCUGUAAUAAAAAGUUGCACACACACACAAACACACAAACAUAAGGACUCUUGUCUGUAGAAAUCCUAACGCGACUUGAGAUGUGCCGCAUACCCCUUGUGUUCGACGCCCCGCCGCCCUUGUUCACCUGUGAUAACGAUUGAC